CGUCCUUCACACACCGACUUAUCAUUCCGUGUUAAGAGCGUGCUACGAAGGAGUACCAGACCAUUCAUCGGCCGAUAUUUGGACUAUGCAGGCACGUCACAAUCAGCCAAGUCCAAAUUUGAAUACGAAAGACAAUAAAAGCAAGAGCAAAAGUCGGAAACAUGAAGCGAGUGUCGAACGUCGUGUGUUUUGUGGUUCUUCAUACUUUCUUGGUUUUGCAGCACGCGGAAUGCCUUGAUAAAUUUCGAGUAUGUGUGGUAGAUGGCAGAGGUGGCUUUAAAAGGGCUGCCAGGUAUUGUCCAACGUUGGAUAAGGCUGAUAGCAAGGUCGAGUGUGUUGUAGGAAUGGAUAGGUUGGAUUGCCUGAGGAAGAUUUCUAAAGGAAUUGUCGAUUUUUCCGUCUUCUCUCCAGAAGAUAUAGUGACCGCCACAAACUCAGAAGUAGAAGUAUUACUUACCAAUGAAAUGCGCUACUCACAAGAAAAAUAUGAAUAUGAAGUCGUGGCUGUGAUAAACGACGAGUCGGGUAUUAAGUCGAAACAUGAUCUCAGGAACAAGAACUUUUGCCAUCCUGGUUACGGUUACGAAACCGAUUGGACUGAUAUUUUAGCAAACUUUUUAGAGGCUUCCAUCGUUCCUCAAACAUGUAAUACUAAGCUAACCAUCACCGAAAACCGCAUCAGCGCAACCUCGAACUACUUUAAACAAGCGUGCAAAGCUGGUCCAUGGGUGAACGAUCCCAUCCUCGAUGCAGAACUGAAGACGAAGUAUCCUAAUCUCUGCGCACUCUGCCACAACCCAAACAGGUGUUCAACAAACGACAAGUACUGGGGAAGACGUGGACCACUGUUCUGCCUCACAGAUGGAUAUGGAGAUGUCAGUUGGGCGCGUCUAGACGAUGUUAAAAUCCAUUUCGGUAUCACUCCAGGAGCCAAGAUCAUGGCACCGGAUGGUUACAGCUUCUUGUGCCAGGAUGGAACCACAAUGCCAGUAAGAGGAAACGAGAAACCGUGCGUCUGGGUGGUCAAACCAUGGCCAGUAAUUGCUGCCAGAAGGAAACGAGCGCAGGAGGUGCAGGACUUCAUCAACUCCAUCAACCAGCACGAUCCGGAAAUGUGGGAGUCGGCUUUACUAAGUUUAAUCGAAACUUUUAAACAGGAAAUCACACCUUUGAGACCUGUGGAGCCUAUCGAGAGUUUUCUAAAUAACGCGCCUGGUUUUCUGAGCGCCAACAGUUUUACGGGAUGUCAUCCUCCAAGAACUGUUCGAGUCUGUACCACAACAAACGUUGCUAAUGCCAAAUGCGCCUGGAUGCGUGAAGCUGCUACAGUUUAUGGUGUGGAACCAGACUUGGAUUGCUUAAGAGCAGCUAACAUUACCCAUUGCAUGCAGGCUAUUUCAAAUGGUGCUGCAGAUUUAGUAAUUACAUCUGCUGAUCACGUAGCUACAGCUCAAAAGAAAUAUAAUUUAACCACGUUGUUCUACGAGACUGUAACUAAUGAUAAUAAGUAUAUAACUGUGACAGUUGUGAAAUCUGGAUCAAGCUACAAGACGUUGAGCGACUUGCGAGGAGCGAAAGCAUGCUUCCCUAAAUAUGAUGGUAUUGCUUGGAAUUCUGUUUUAAAGUAUCUGAGCGAUGAACAUCUUUUGGAUUCAUGUCCAUAUGAAGCUGGUAUGGCAGAAUUCUUCGGCGACAGUUGCGUUCCUGAUUUACCGAAAAACUCUUCUAAGAGUUUAAAGGCUUUGUGUCAGGAUUACCAUGAAGGCGAAUAUGGUGUUCUUAGAUGUUUGGAACAUGCGGAUGUUGCUUUCCUUUCCAAGAAUAGUUUCGAAAAAUACUUUAAAGAUCCUAAGGAGAUAAGUAACGCGAAACGUGAGAGCUUCAAGGUUCUGUGCGAAAAUGAAAAGGACGAUUGUUAUCUCAGUUGGGCGCCGAUUGGUCAUGCUAUGGUUUCCAAAAAUCUUUCCGAUAUGGCUAAGAAUGAUGCCCUUGAUGUAUUCCUGCAGCUGGACAAUUUAUUCGGCAGAAACUACAAAAGUGUGACAGCUCCAUUCAGCCUGUACGGAUCUUUCGACGGGCAAAACAACGUGCUCUUCCACGAUGCCACACAAAAGUUGCGCAACGUCCCGGUAUACAAGAAUACGGACAUGAUGAAGAAGGAAUACAACAGUAUAUUGAGUAGUCUCAAGGAAUGCGAAGCAGCUGGUGGUGCGAAUCGCUCGACUGCGAUAUCGAUUUCUCUCAUGCUCGUCCUGUCUGUAUUGUUAGUCUUUAGAUGAACUGUAUCAAAGCAACCACAUUUGUAUUAUAUAAACGCUGUGAUAAUACAUUUUUAUAUUAAUUAAGUA